AUGUCGGCAGCCUCGCCAACGCCACUGGGCGCCGGUAGUCAUUUUACCUCGCUGGGCCGGAGGACCUCAGCACGUCAGGCCCUGCGCAGGCCAGUUUCGCGACCGCAAUUCAAUCGCAGCGAGUCCCAGCCUUCUGUGCCCAGUGCACGAGAGAUCGCAGCAUCUGCUAUCGAGGGCGCCAAGUCCCAGCCACAACAAUAUGACGCCAUGCACGACAGUUCAGACGAGGAGAUUCCCGUGCCUAUGAAGCUCAGCGCUCUCACCAAGGCCUUGCUCAACGAUGGCGGCGCAUCCGACGUCCAACACUACGCCCAGCCAGAGCCCAGAAUCAUGACCCGAAGACGCAGCUAUCUUGCCAGGAGCGGCUCAGCCGCCGUCGAGGAGACGAGGCGUCACGUCAGGGCUGGCAGCGCAUCUGUGCCCUCUGCGCGGCCCAGCUCUCCAGCACGGGCAAGGGAUAGCAGCCCCGCGCCGCGCAAGAGGAUCGUGCGUCUCAGCACCACCCCUGGUGGUGGCCCGGUGUCUGGUGGCGGCGGCGGACUGAGGCGGUCUCUGUCUGCAUCGAACAGGCGGAGGCCCGAGAGUCGAGGCCCCGAGGAUGAGCCGGUCCAACAGACGGGUCCGCCCGCACCAUUGGAGGAGGCGGCCGACAUCAACACGCCUGCACAGCCUGCGCGCCGGGUCCAGAUUGCCACUGGCUCCUCUGCACAGAGACAAAGGUCGACUGGCGGCUCCUCGGGCGUUGGGCCGAGGCUUUCUGGGUCUGCCUUUCGCAGUGAGCACGAAGUCGCCCCAGAGGAGCCACGUACCGAGUCCCGACCACAGUCUGCUCUCAAUCAGAGUAGUAUCUCGAAGUUUGGAGGCAGCGUCAGGGCCCGAGAGGACCAAAAUGCCCAGGGCUCCAUGCGCGUCAAGCGGCUCGGCAAGGUUCCAGGGAGCUUUUUGAGCGGACCUGCUCGCCGCGGUAGGAGACGCGAGAGUGAAGAGGACAGACUUGCCCGAGAGUUUGGCGAUGGGGAGAUGCCCGAAACACAGAUGCACGAAGAGGUCCAGAUGGAGGCUGAACCAGCACCACCGUCGUAUCGCGAUUUUGCCGCCUCGGGCAGUCCUGUUAGUAGCAAGGAGCUGAGGGCAGCCGGGAGCCGCAGACAGUCCUACGCAGACCUCAGAGCUGCCUCUCGGAUGGAGGCCCAGAGGGACGAGUUUGAUACAGCCCACGAGGAGCCUGUCCAGCCACGGCCUGAGGUCCCCUCGGCGCACGAUCAGGAGAACGAGAUGCCCAGCGCGUCGGCCUUCCAGAGGCGCAAGGCAUCGUUCAGUGUCCUUGACAGGGACCAGGAGAAGAAGCUCCUCCGGUCGCCGAGUCUCAUCGAGAUUGGGUCUCGUCCCGUACCGCGUGCCGUUUCGCCAGAGCGUCCCAUUCUGGCAACCAUCAGUCAGAACCUCCUGAAGACCCCGCACGUUGUCAUCCCGAUGCAGCAGCGGCCGGCACCGCCACCACCUCCGCCCAAGAUGAGCGUACUAGAUACUGCUACUGCCACCGCAGGCGCCGCCACCACUUCUCAAGCCAACAAGAAGAAAAGCGUGAUUCUCAAGGUCAACGGAAGGUCUUACCAGAGGGUGGAUUGUAUUGGCCGGGGCGGUAGUGCAAAGGUGUACCGGGUGACGGCUGAGAACAGCAAGAUGUUCGCCCUGAAGCGGGUCAACAUCGAAAAUGCCGACGAGAAUACUGUCAAGGGCUUCAAAGGGGAAAUCAGCCUCCUCCAAAAACUGUCAAAUGUGGAGCGUGUCAUACAGCUGUAUGACUUUGAGCUGAACGAGGAGAAGCAUAUCCUUAGUCUGCUCAUGGAGAUGGGAGAGUUGGACCUCAACACGCUGUUGAGAGUCCGGCAGAACCCUGAAGGAUCUAAGCUCGACCCCGUGUUUAUCCGCUUCUACUGGAAAGAAAUGCUCGAAUGCCUGGCUGCUGUCCAUGCCCAUGAUAUCGUUCACAGCGAUCUGAAGCCGGCCAAUUUUGUCGUUGUCCAAGGCCGCCUGAAGCUCAUCGACUUUGGGAUCGCGAACGCCAUCCAGACCGACGAGACGGUCAAUGUUCAUCGCGAGACACAGAUCGGCACGCCAAACUACAUGUCGCCUGAAAGCCUCAUGGACUCGAACCACUAUGCUUUCACCUCUGCCCAUGGCGGUAGAUCCCUGCAGCCCGGGUCCCGAGGCCCCAAGCUGAUGAAGCUCGGCAAGCCCAGCGAUGUGUGGUCGCUGGGAUGUAUCCUGUACCAGAUGGUGUAUGGAAACCCACCCUUUGGUCACAUCCAGAAUCAGAUGGCCCGCUGCCAGGCCAUCAUCAACUGGAACCACAAGGUCGAAUUUCCGGAAAGGGGCUUGGGGGGCAUCCGGGUCCCACCCUCGCUCCUGCGCACCAUGAGGCGCUGCCUCAACCGCGAACAGCAUUCGCGCCCCACGUGCGCAGAGCUCUUGUCCGAGAAUGACCCGUUCUUGUAUCCUAUGGAGUACGCUGUCGAUAUCCCGGGGAUGGAGGACUCGCUGCCCGUAACGGAGGAGCUCCUCGGAAGAAUCAUUCAGAGCGUGGUCACACGGUGCCGUGAGCGGCUGCCCACAGAAGGGGAGGCUGUGUCCGCGUGGCCUGCAGCGUAUUGGACCAGCGUCAAAAAGGCCAUCGCGGCGAAG